UUUCUCGAUCGGUUGAGAGUUUAAUUUAAUUGCAUUAGUUAUUCCUCCGACUGGGCAAUUGAGCAAGCUCAGCCUUGUUUCUCCUUGAUGAAUUUCUUAGCGCGUCGUACGUAAUCCGCUGAGACGCGGGCCUCAGGCUUACUCCAGCUUCUUCCCCGCUGUUACGCGUUUCGGAUCACAAGAGCUGGCAACAGACGAAGAACACCGGCAUUGUUGGCAUAUCUUAUUGCUUCGUUGCAAAUCAGACAAGGCGAAUCGUGAAUCCAGUCCCAGGCGAAGCAAAUGACAAAGUAGCUUCAUCGCAGGAUGCGGUGCCGCUGACAGUCACAUGGUAUUCGGCUCAACCAACACCAAGCCCCCUCCCAUCGCCAUCCCAUUAGAAUCAAGGCCUUUGCCCCCAUAUCGUCCUGAUGGAUAGCUCAAACACUUCAAAAGGAUGUCAUCAUUGCCUGAGACGACGAAUCAUCUGCGAUAGAACCGUCCCGCAUUGCACCAAAUGCAAGGCAAAGCGUCUUACAUGUCCUGGGUAUGGGGUGCGUUAUCGUUUUGUGCCAAUUAACACGGUCAUUGCUCGUGGUGAUCCGCGAAUGGCUGCGUCGGACGGUAUCCACACCGAUGGAGAAUCUGCUGGUCGUGCAGCAUCCGACGAGUCCCGGGAACGGAGUCAAGUUACAACUCGAAAUCGUGCAGUGACACUUCCUCGGCGUAGGAAGUUCCUCGGCGAUGAGAAGCAACCGGAACGACACACUGCUGAUCACCGAGAAACCCAAAACCAUAGGCAGUGGAGCGUCAUUCCAUCUUCCAGGACCCAUCUAUAUCACAAUGCAGAUGCUUCCACCACAUCUCACGUUGGGGCCUUCAACAUGGCCCAUUUCCGUUCCUCCAAUACCUCGUCAGGUUCGGUUCAACGGAUACUCGAUCCCAUGGGUGCCAAGAACCGCUUCCUCUUAGACCACUUUCUCGCGCGUAUCUCUCUUUCCUUGGACCUCUUCGAUGGAGCUGGAAAUGGAUGGAGAAACCACGUGUUGCCACUGGCUCAUGCGGACCCAAUAAUCCAACAGGCCAUCUGUGCCAAUGCCUCGUUCUACCUUGCUCCACGCAUGCCACAUUACCUUGGCGCUGCUGAGAAAGGUAAAGCUGCAAUCAUCAGCCAUCUUCGAAAAAAGGCCAGCCGCGAAGAUGCCUUGGACGAAUCAACCUGGAUGGUCAUCAUCUUGUUGAUCGUAGGAGAUCUUGUCAAUGGCAACGAUGAAAUUAUUUCACUAUAUCGUAUGCUUAUAUCUUUUAUGGCGGCACGUGGGACCACGGAACUGAAAUCGCCCUUGGCCAAGUUUCUAUAUUUCCAGACACAGCUUAUCGCAUUUCAUAUCCACCACAUAGUCGCUUUGUGUAAAGGGAUUGAGAGUGCCAGCUUGGCGCUUCCAAGUCCGAUGGAACAAUUCGUGCAGUUGGAUCCGGGUUGGCACUCCGUACGGGAACGCUCGAUGUUUUCAACACAUCUUGAAAUGUAUCGUGUUGCUGCUGAGAUACAUCUUCUACGAGCGGAGUCACACUCCACUCCCAUUGACAAAAUCCGCAUGAACAAGCUCCUCGAACAGCUACGAGGAUUAUUUGAAGACUUGGGCGAUAAGCCCGGCUUCCACGUUAUGGCAUGGCCAGGGUUUAUUGGCGCUAUGGAGGCAUUGUCCGAAGAACAACGGAAUUAUUUUGUCGGAAAAGUACGUCGUGUUUGCAAACUAACGGGCUUCAGAAGCAUGUCACAAUCACUGGAUAUGCUGCCAACCGUGUGGGAUCGCCAAACAGAUCACAGAUGGACUGAGAGUAUGGCAUCAUUGAGAAGUUUUGCUACAUAGCAAUGUAUUUCUUACCAUAAGACAAAUUAUAUAAGACGCUGCCAAACAAGAAUUUCCACUCGCAGUCGAUCCAAAGGGUUGAAUGUGGAGCAUUGCUAUUCGCAGUCAAGCACAAGCUUUUACCCAACCUCGGCUAAAAUAAUGUGCCUAGUGUACAUAAAGAGGGUAAAUUGUAAGAGGAAUAUUUCUCUUAGUAAACAAUCCUAAUGAAUAAACAAAUAUUGUUGCAAG